AAUAAAAAUAACGAACAAGUUUUUUAUUAUAUAUUCAAUAAAUUUAUAAAUUUAUAAAAUCAAUUGAUAUAUUACACCAUCGCCAUUCAAACGUAAAUAAACGCAAGAGGAAAGCUCCCAAACGUCGAGCUUAUGAAUAAUAUAAUAACUACGUAGUGUUAAUCGGUGGGUGUUUUGUAUUUUACCACUCGUGGAUUUUUUCAAGUGGUCAUUUUCCUGAGUGAUGGGGGUGAAUUUGACGCGAUUAUAGAUAAUAAAAAAAAUAAUAAUCACCACAAGUAGUUCAGUUGACUCAAAUGAUUAAAACUAAAUUAUUAAAAAAAGGACUCACUAGUCAAUGAACCCGCAUGCCACAAAUUCAUUGUAACAUAUUACAUUAUACUACUAUUAUUCCUUGAUCAUAAUUUUUUUUACAUCUUGACUCAUCGGGUUUUUCAGUAUAAUAAUGAUUUUUUUCCGCGAAUAAUAAAAUUAUACAUGCGGUUUUCCAAUUAUUGGCUCCAAUAAUAAUUGUAUUGUUAAGUACAGUAUAGAAACCAAAAAAAAAUGAUGAGCAAGGCAAUUACCACACACUAAUGUAGUCAGUCGAGGCGAUCGACUGAAUCCGGAUGUUCUAUUUUUAAUUGAACAAGUGAAUCAACGCUUAGCUAGUAUCUACGUGUCUAUGCAUUUUUACAAGUACAACUUAAACUCGAUUGUUUAAAUUAACAGAUCCGGUUUAUCAUAUUUUUCAAUAAAUUUUUGUUGAACUAUUUCUAUGAUUAUUGGAUGCAUAUAUGCAGUAAACUGGAUCCAGUUAACAAUUGAAUGUUAAACAUUGUACUUUACAUGUAUUUUAUUUUAUUUGUAUGUCAGCCCCGCCCCUUAAUAAUCAACCCACGUGUAACAUUUUAUUGACGAUUCUUUAAUAAUUUUCCCUCAUCUUUUUCGCAGCUGAAAAUAAAUAGUAACAACAAUUAUUGUGUUGAAAAGUAUUACGGCUGAAGAAUAGAGACAAGUCAUACAUGUAUGUUACUACAAUGCAUACUCAUAUAUAAUAUAUGUAUAUUAUAUACAUAUUUACAAUAAAGAGAUAGAGCGGGAGUGUGUGUGUACAUCACCCUCGCGUAUUCUAGUCUUACAUAUUGUGGUACGUGUGACACGCGACCCUCGUCGAGUAAAGACGACACACAAGAGUAAUCAGCUUGUGAAUGUGUGAGUGGUGGAUGCAACACUCAACUAGGACACAAGUGUAAAUAUGACGCGUGGAUUCUAUUAUCAGUUUACCUGAUACUUGGGGAUCCUUGUUCGUCCUCACGUUCGAAUCAGAGAAUGCGCCCUGGAAAGAAGCUAGUGGUGAAAAUCUCGCCGUAGCAUGCCAAGGAGCGGUCAGAGGAACGUGACUGUGAUCCCGCGUCGAUCGCAACAGCAGUCAAUCAGGCCAAGUUCUGUUGAUACGUGGAACAAAAAGCGUGGAAGAAGGAAAAGACGUUUCCACGAGGACGACGAGGAUACGAAUAGAGAACGUGACAACGGUUACCGAACGACCACGGUCGUUGGAGAUCUUGACACGAAGAACCGAUGAGCACAGGCGAUGGCGUCGCGUCCUCGGGUCCCGGCGUCGACAGCGGGGCCCGUGUCACCUCGCUCAGCUACCCGGCGACCCAGCCGAGUGGUACGGCGAGUGUCACCGCGCCACAAGACACUAUGGGCUCCACCAAGGCGGUAGCACCUGCUGGAGGUGCUGCUCCAGGAGCUGGUGGUACCUCCAUAACUCCUGCGGCGCCUAAAAGACCCGCCCGACGGGGUGGCAAACCACCGCCUGAUCGACCUGUUCGAGCGUUAUUUUGCUUAACCCUAAAAAAUCCUUUAAGGAAAAUGUGUAUCGAAGUCGUCGAAUGGAAACCUUUUGAAUGGCUCAUCUUGAUAACAAUAUUUGCGAAUUGCGUAGCGUUAGCAGUUUACACUCCUUAUCCAUGCGGGGAUUCCAAUUCAACGAAUAUGUUCUUGGAAAAAGUGGAAUAUGUGUUUCUUGUAAUUUUUACAGCUGAAUGUGUUAUGAAGAUUAUUGCAUACGGUUUUGCAUUGCACCAAGGAUCUUAUCUUCGUAAUGGAUGGAAUAUGUUGGAUUUUACAAUUGUUGUCAUCGGUAUGAUCAGUACGGUAUUGCAACACCUGAUGAAAGAAGGAUUUGACGUAAAAGCCUUGAGGGCUUUUCGAGUCUUGCGACCACUUCGGCUGGUUUCCGGAGUUCCAAGUCUUCAAGUUGUUCUCAAUUCUAUUCUGAGGGCUAUGAUACCGUUGUUACACAUCGCGUUGCUGGUACUCUUUGUUAUCAUAAUCUAUGCUAUUAUCGGACUCGAGCUUUUCUCGGGGAAAAUGCACAAAACAUGUAGAAGUAAUAUUACAGAUAAAAUAAUGGAAAAUCCACAUCCCUGUGGAGAUAGUGGAUUUCAGUGUAGUACUUUAGGUCCAGAAUACUUCUGCAGUCGUCAAUACUGGGAAGGACCGAACGAUGGUAUUACAAACUUCGAUAAUUUUGGCCUGGCUAUGUUGACUGUCUUCCAGUGUAUCACUCUUGAAGGAUGGACUGAUGUUUUAUACGACAUUGAAGAUGCUAUGGGAAGCACAUGGCAAUGGUUAUACUUUAUCUCAAUGGUUAUUCUCGGAGCUUUUUUUGUUAUGAAUCUAAUUCUCGGAGUGUUAUCCGGAGAAUUUUCUAAAGAGAGAGAAAAGGCUAAAUCACGAGGAGACUUUCAAAAGCUGAGAGAGAAACAGCAAAUUGAAGAUGACCUUCGGGGAUAUUUAGAUUGGAUAACUCAAGCGGAAGAUAUUGAACCGGAAGCUGAUGAAAUGCCACAAACACAGGAUGGCAAACAGAAACAGCAAAAUGAAAUGGAGAGUACCGAUAGACUGGAGGGUGAUGAAGAAGGGGUUCAACAGGAAUCGGUGUGGAAACGCAAGCGACGAGACUUUGAUAGAGUGAACAGGCGUAUGAGAAGAGCGUGCCGUAAAGCUGUUAAAUCUCAAGUCUUUUACUGGUUAAUCAUAGUAUUGGUAUUUUUAAACACCGGUGUAUUGGCCACUGAACAUUACAGACAACCAGACUGGCUUGAUCAAUUUCAAGAGGUCACAAAUAUGUUUUUUAUUGGCCUCUUCAGUAUGGAAAUGAUGCUGAAAAUGUAUAGUUUGGGAUUUCAAGGUUACUUUGUCUCACUUUUCAAUCGUUUUGAUUGCUUUGUUGUGGUGGGUUCCAUCAGUGAAAUGGUUUUAACACGCACAGAAGUAAUGCCACCCUUGGGAGUUUCAGUUCUUCGUUGUGUUAGGCUUUUAAGAGUGUUUAAAGUAACUAAAUACUGGAGGUCUUUAUCAAAUCUCGUGGCUUCCUUGUUAAAUUCAAUCCAGUCAAUUGCUUCCCUGUUGCUUUUGCUCUUCCUUUUCAUCGUUAUAUUUGCUCUUUUAGGCAUGCAGGUUUUUGGAGGUAAAUUUAACUAUGAUGAUUUGCAAGACAAACCUCGCAGUAACUUUGAUAGCUUCUGGCAAAGUUUACUGACAGUAUUUCAAAUAUUAACGGGUGAAGAUUGGAAUGCAGUUAUGUAUGUGGGUAUAAUGGCGUACGGCGGUGUCGCCAGUCAUGGAAUUCUCGCCUGUGUUUAUUUUAUAAUUUUAUUCAUUUGCGGAAAUUACAUUCUUCUGAACGUCUUCUUGGCCAUUGCCGUGGAUAAUCUCGCGGACGCAGAAUCGUUAACUGCCAUUGAAAAAGAAGCUGAAGAAGAAGCAGAAAAAAAUAAAUCUCGAAGUGGUUCUUUGGCACACGAUGAACUAAUUGGCCCAGAUGACGGUGGUGAUUUAACUGGUGGAGAAGAGGAAGAAGGAGGCGGAACAGACUUAGAGCAUGAUCCUAAUGAAACCAUGGAUGAUUAUGAAGCGGCGUUAGAUACUGAAGGAUCCAAAGACGAGGAAGAUAGCGAUCGUCGGGGAAAAAUACGGAUAACUAUUGAAUCAGAUGAUGAGAAUUUUGAACACGGUGAGGAAGAAGAAGAAGAAGAAGAUGAUCAUACUGAAAUGGAUGAUGGCGGAAUGGGAGGAGAAGAAAUAUCAGCGAGACCGCGUAGAAUGUCAGAAUACAAAAUGACUAAUGAGAAACCGCCGAUACCUGAAGGUUCAUCAUUUUUUUUAUUCUCACAAAAAAGCAGAUUUCGAAUAUUCUGCCAUUGGUUCUGCAACCACAGCUGGUUUGGUAAUGUUAUACUCAUGUGUAUUUUGAUAUCAUCCGGGAUGCUUGCUGCUGAAGAUCCCCUCAACGCUCAAUCAGACCGCAACAACAUUUUAAAUUACUUCGACUACUUCUUCACAUCAGUAUUCACGUUCGAGAUAUGUCUGAAGAUGAUAUCCUACGGAUUCGUCUUACACGAUGGAGCGUUCUGCCGUUCGGCUUUUAAUCUUCUAGAUCUUUUAGUAGUCUGCGUUUCUCUUAUUUCGAUGGCCUGGAGAUCCGGUGCAAUAUCAUUUAUUAAGAUUCUACGAGUUCUUCGUGUCCUCAGGCCGUUGCGUGCCAUCAAUCGAGCCAAAGGCCUCAAGUACGUAGUAAAAUGUGUGAUUGUUGCCAUUAAAACAAUUGGUAACAUCAUGUUGGUCACCUAUCUCCUACAAUUCAUGUUCGCUGUUAUUGGAGUACAGCUAUUUAAGGGUAAAUUUUUUUCGUGCAAUGAUGAAUCGAAGAUAACUGAGGAAGAGUGUCAGGGAACUUAUUUAGUCUUUGAUGAGGGGAAUAUAAAUCAACCGGUUAUGAAGGAAAGGGCAUGGAGAAGGAAUCGAUUUCACUUUGACGAUGUUGCCAAAGCAAUGCUGACUCUCUUUACCGUAUCAACAUUCGAGGGUUGGCCCAGCCUUUUGUACGUAUCUAUUGACUCAAAUCGUGAAAACUAUGGACCAAUUCAUAAUUAUCGACCGAUCGUAGCAGCUUAUUACAUUAUUUACAUAAUCAUUAUUGCAUUCUUCAUGGUCAACAUAUUCGUCGGUUUCGUUAUUGUUACAUUUCAAAAUGAAGGUGAACAAGAGUACAAAAAUUGCGAACUUGAUAAAAAUCAACGUAAUUGCAUCGAAUUUGCUCUUAAAGCAAAACCAGUGAGACGUUACAUACCAAAACACCGGAUACAAUACAAAGUCUGGUGGUUUGUUACGUCACAACCUUUUGAAUACACUAUUUUUACUUUGAUUAUUAUAAAUACAAUAACGUUGGCGAUGAAAUUUUACAACCAGCCAGACCCUUAUACUCAUGCCCUCGACGUUUUGAAUAUGAUAUUUACUGCCGUUUUUGCACUUGAAUUUGUUUUCAAGCUUGCAGCAUUUCGUUUUAAGAAUUAUUUUGGUGAUGCGUGGAAUGUUUUUGAUUUUAUUAUCGUAUUAGGAAGUUUUAUCGACAUAGUAUACUCCGAAGUAAACGCACGACUGCAUGUCAAGGCGGGAGUUUCUCCUCUCCCCAACGUUAAAACUCCUGGUUCAAACAUUAUAUCCAUUAAUUUCUUUCGACUGUUUCGUGUGAUGCGACUGGUUAAACUUCUAAGUCGUGGCGAGGGUAUACGAACACUUCUAUGGACAUUUAUUAAAUCCUUCCAAGCGUUGCCUUAUGUCGCACUUCUCAUCGUCAUGUUAUUCUUCAUCUACGCUGUGAUAGGAAUGCAGGUCUUUGGAAAAAUAGCGCUUGACAACGAGACCACGAUUUAUCGUAACAAUAAUUUCCAAACAUUUCCUCAGGCUGUAUUGAUUUUAUUCCGAUCAGCUACUGGUGAAUCAUGGCAAAAUAUAAUGCUUGAUUGUUCAAAUCGUCCUGGAGAAGUAAAAUGUGAUCCGAAAAGUGAUGAGCGUACUUCAAAUGGAUGCGGCAAUGAUAUUGCUUUUCCAUACUUUAUAUCGUUUUAUGUACUCUGUUCAUUUUUAAUUAUCAAUUUAUUUGUCGCCGUUAUCAUGGACAAUUUUGAUUACUUGACAAGAGAUUGGUCUAUUCUGGGUCCACAUCAUUUAGAUGAAUUUAUUCGUCUGUGGUCUGAAUACGACCCAGAUGCAAAAGGUCGCAUCAAACAUCUCGAUGUAGUACAAUUAUUGCGAAAGAUAUCACCCCCGCUUGGGUUUGGAAAACUGUGUCCUCAUCGUGUCGCUUGCAAGAGAUUGGUGUCAAUGAAUAUGCCGUUGAAUAGCGAUGGUACGGUUCUCUUUAAUGCGACAUUGUUUGCCGUGGUGAGAACAUCAUUGAGAAUUAAAACAGAAGGUAAUAUUGAUGAAGCAAAUGCUUCGCUUCGAGCUGUUAUUAAAAAGAUAUGGAAACGAACCAACCCCAAGUUAUUGGAUCAAGUUGUACCACCACCUGGAGUUGAUGAUGAAGUGACAGUGGGUAAAUUUUACGCGACCUUCCUCAUACAAGACUAUUUCCGUCGUUUUAAAAAACGUAAAGAACAAGAAAUGAAAGAGGGUGAUAAGGAUUGUCAUAAUACUGCGACACUUCAAGCUGGUUUGAGGACGUUACAUGAAGCUGGUCCGGAAUUAAAACGUGCGAUCUCGGGUAAUCUUGAAGAAUUACUUGAUGAUAAUCCAGAACCAACACACAGAAGAAAUCAUUCGCUUUUCGGCAGCGUUUGGUCGAGUAUGCGAAGAGGCCAUCACAGUUUCCGCGCUAAAUCAUUAAAAACAAAUUCAAAUAACGCUCCAAAGAUUUCCCCAACGAAUUCGAUCGAUUUCGUACCGUACGUCUCACUUCAACGAGCUGGUGGAGCGGAUGGCAAUCAAAUCACGGCAAGGUCGCACCAGGUUGUGCCAAACGUCGCUAGUGUAAUUAGUGACUCUGGCAACACUCAGACUGCCCCAGAGCCAAGAAUAGUUGGAUUUGAGGAGAACAUACCAAUGAGGCCUCUCGCAAUGUUCUCAAACACCGGAAUGCAGCCGGCUAACUUUCAGAAUCCCUACAAAGUAUUGGAUCUCGAAGACGGGAUCGAGCACCAGCUGACGCCACCGACACCGCCUCCGCGAAGGAAUCUUCCUAGCAGUGGAGCAACCAUCAGCUUUGCAACAUCAACGGAAACCAAGGGUGACUCUAGUACCACCACAACCAGUCAAACAAUCUCACCGAGUCCAAGUCCCAGUCCAAGUUUCGGCUCCUCUUCCAACGACGGUGCUCGUUAUUACGCCUACGCGUCUAGAGGAUGCUGCGUAGAUAUUAUCGGCUGGAGUCAUCAGCACGUUUUGGACGACACGUCGCUUGAGGAGGACUCAGCCGGUGGAUCCAGAAGAUCCAUCAGAAAAAAGUCUAUGAAGAGAUCAAAGUGUAUCGAUGUACCUGAAGAAGAGGACCCAGGUCUCACGAGAACCUCAUCUUCGACCAAACGAAAAGAGACUGCUGAAAAUGACAAUACAGGGGGAAAAGAGACCAGUCAAGCGCUGUCUGUUGAUAGGAAGAAAAGUAUUGCCAAUGGUUUGAGACUUGCUACCCAAACUAUGGCUCUCACCGGGCCUUGGCGAGUUUGCGAGUCUUGUUUGACUCACCGGGCUUCGUUCCACGGCAGAGUUACAUGGAACAAUGAAAGCAACGGAGGCGUUGGAUCUGAACGUCUAUCGCACAGUUUACCUGGUAGUCCUGCUGAUCGUAAGCCCAACUUCGAGGUAAUUGGCAGUGCGGAAAGUCUCGUUGGUCGAGUACUUGCGGAACAAGGCCUUGGUAAAUACUGUGAUCCAGAUUUUGUAAGAUACACAUCCCGAGAAAUGCAAGAGGCACUUGAUAUGACAAGUGAAGAGAUGGAUCGUGCCGCUCAUCAGCUUUUAUUACAAGAACGCCGCGGUCAACCGUUGACUUUUCAACUUCAGCAGAGUAUGGAUCAACACUGGAAUUCACGGCCACAGGGACCACGUGAAAUAGUGUACGAACAAUUACGGGAACAAAUGCCGUCACUAGAACAACCGCAAGCCCAAACUUUACAAUUACAACAACAACCGCAACAGCAGCAGCAACAACAGCAAUACAAUCGUGGAGGACAACCACCUUUGUCUUAGCGACAAUGGUCCAGUUAUAAGACUGCUGCAACUCGAAUUAUCGGCAACGAAAAAUUUUUUCUUAAAUUAUUAAUAUUAUAGUUAUAAUAAUAAUUAAUUAUAUUAUUAUUGUUAACUUAUUGUAUAAAGAUAAUGAUAUAUGAUGGAUGAAGAAAAAAAAGAAAAAGAAUAAGACAAGGAUUGCAUUCUAUUGACGAAUGUUACACGUCAUACAACUUACUAAUAAGGAUUCAAUUAAUAUUUUUUCCUAUGAAACAUAAAAACUACCAGCCAUCACGGUUAUAUUUACUAUACAUUUGAUUGAAAUUACUCUACUCUCUCAUUGCUAAUAAUUACGACUUAGACUUAAACUUUUUAAAAAUCUUAAAAAAACAAACUAAUAAUAACCAAAAUUCUGUGGAUUUUUAAAAAUACUACUGAGGAUAAUUGAUAAUGUAAACAUACAUUACGCGUAUACUCAUAUACAAUAAUAAUAUUUAUAAAAACUGUUUACACUAGUCUUUUCACAACUGUAAUAAUCCGUCGUCAUCAUUAACUUCUACAAUUGUCCAUUACUAUUACUAAAAGUAAAAACUACAAUGAGGAAUGUAAUUUGAAAGAAUGUAUUUAAAAAUUAUAGAGAGUAAAAAAAGAGAGAAAGGUAUAGUAAGAAAGAGAUAGAACGAAAGAAAGUUGGAUAUAAUUAUAACAAGUGCCUAAGUAAUCUUAUAUAGUUAAAUUAUUUCGGACCAGAUCAAGACCUUUAUCAAUCCCAACAAAGUACUUUCGAUUGUAAGCAAACGCACACAAAAACUAUCGGUAAAUAUAUAGCUGAGAAUAAUUAUUAAUCCAGCAUAUAAAAGCCAAUUUAAUUAUUGCGCAUCGAGAGAAUUGUCAGUCGAAAAGUAAACAAAAUAAUAGAUAGGGGUUUAAAAUAUUAAAAAUAUAUAAAUCAUAAUUGUACACUCGAUUUUAACGUAAUCGCUUUUCGACAUUAUCCUUACUGUAUUAUGAUAUUAUUAUAAUUACUAUUAUUAUUAUUACUAUUAUUAUUAUUAUAAUUAUUAUUAUUAUUAAUAUUAUUAUAUUGUCUAAUGUCUUUUUAUACUAUUGUAAAGAGAGUUUACAGUUUACACGGGUAGUGUUCGUAGAUCACAUGCCGUAGACUUUACAAUGACGAAUUGAAAUAGUAAAAAAAAGUGAAAUCCAAUUAAAAAAUGAAAAACAAAACAAAUAAAUAAAUAAAUAACAAU